AGACAUGGUGGCAGUGGGAGAGCUGGUGCUGGUACUGGGCUUACUGGUGAGCGCUCACUGCGAGGUGAGAGCCAGAGACCCCGAUGUGGAGGAGGAGGAGGAGCAGGAGGAGCGGGGAGGAAGAGCUGCAGUGGGGGGGGUCCCACCUUACCUCCAGAGGCUUCACCCCAGGGCGACGGAGCCCCCCCUGCUGGGACACAGAGAGAACUACCCGACCCGGAGCGGGUACAAGCUGUCCACCCGGCCACGCUACAAGCAGACGCAGAAGAUCUUCACCGACGUGUUGUGGCGCUGCUGUCCGGGACACGGAGGACAGAACUCCGAGGACACAGUUCCUGACACUCAGCUGGAUUCUGGAAGCUCGGCUGUGAUUGGAGGAUCUGAACCUCGAAGGUCACCUGAGGAGCUCCGUGAUGCAGGUGUUCACGCGUCGCUCCAGCAGCAGCACGGCGACCCGAACCGAGAGCAGAACGACCACCAGGGGCCCGUCGGCGAGCUGCAGGACGCCAGCUACCCGAACAACAACAACCCGAACAACACCAGCACGACACACCCGACCCCGGACCCAGGCCACACCCACGUCCCCCCUCACACAUCGCACCACCCCUCCUCGGACCCCCAAGACCACGUCCUCCCUCGCACAUCGCACCACCCCUCCACCGACCCCCAAGACCACGACAGCUAUCACACAUCGCACCACCCCUCCACCGACCCCCAAGACCACGACAGCUAUCACACAUCGCACAGCCCCUCCGCCGACCCCCAAGACCACGACCGCCACCCGCAUCACAGAUCGCACCGCCCCGCCGACACACACGACCACCACCGGCAGCGGGAACCUCCACUUACUGUCGUAGAUAAGGUGGGUGCUGCUUCCUCCACGCACACAAUGGCCACCACCGUCCUCUCCGCCCCCGACAUGAUGGCUCUGGUCUUCUCCCAGCUGGAUCCCAUCCUGAAGGGCUUCAACCACUCACUGGAGCACCUGAGCCGGCAGGUAGGGGACCUGGCCCGGGACGUGGCCCAGCUGAAGAUCAGCCAGCGGGGGGCCGAGCUGCGGACGGAGCCCCCGGGCGUCCUGGAGCGGGACGAGGCGGCGGUGGAGCGCCUGGACACCAAACUGGAUGAAAUGUUUGAGGACAUCAGGGAGGUCUGGAGGCAGAUGGACGGCCAGCGGACAGACAUGGAGAACAGGCUGCACUCCCAGCAUGCAAUGCUGCACUACAACCUCACCAGCUUCAAGGCGGACGUGGACAUGAAGCUGAAACGCCACCAGAAGAUGCUGCAGGUCAGCCUGCAGACCAUGAACGCCACCCUGUCAGAGCUGAAGCUGGACCAGGAUCAGAUCCCUGAGGACCCGCUGGAGGACCACCUGCCCCCUCCCUCCCUGCCGCAGCCCUCGGACUCCUCGGCGCUCUGGGAGGCCAUCGAACGGCUGGACAACAUGGUGGUCAACAACACGGUGAAGGUGGGCGGGCUGAUGGAGGACGUGGAGGUGACGUCAGGCGGCGUCCAGCAGCUCAGGAGGGACACGAAGGAGCUGAGAGAGCAGAUCAGCCAGACGGCGCGCAACGGUCAGAUCCAGUUCAUGGAGACGGGGCUGGAGGUGGAGGCGGCCAAGGAGGCGGUGCUGGGGCGGGUCGGCGAGCUGGCGGGGAACCUGAGCCAGCAGGGCCAGCGGAUGCAGGAGAUGGACGUGGACGUGGACUACCUGUACACCGCCCUCUACAAGCACAACUCCUCCACCGACUGCGAAUGCGCGGCGCUGAAGGCCGCCGUGACUCGACUGGAGCGGGGCGUGGCCAACGUGACGGAGCUGGCCAAUGAGAACAGGUUAGCGCUGGACGAGAACGACGACGGAGGGGCGGGGCAGUGGGGCGGGGCCAGCGACUGGGAGCCGGCGGUGGAGGCCCUGCAGCGCGGCCUUCAACAGGUGAAGGAGUCUCUGGCCUCCGAGCAGAGCAGGACCAGGACUCUGGAGCACAGCCUGACCCAGCUCAGAGACUCGGUCUCCGUCCUGAAGGAGGCGGACGGAAAGCUGAAGGAGGAAAUGAGACGCCUGGCGGGCUCCUUCCAAUCUCUGCUGAAAGACGUCAUCCGACACAGCGACGUGCUGGAGCUGCUGCUGGGGGAGGAGGUGCUGGAGUUCCUGGAGUGGUCCGUCCAGGACCAGGAGGCCCACUCCAUCUCCGCCCUGAAGGAGCAGCUGACGCUCCUGCAGGAGCAGCUGAGGAGACACGAUGAGAGCAUCGCCUCCCUGCAGGGCGACGGGACAGGAGACAGAGAGGAGGUGCCGUCUGCAGACCAGCCCUCCUCCUGGUACCCCGACGGCAUGAGGAGGAGCGGCGAUGGAGCUCCAGCCAGAGAGCGCCAGCUGCUCCUCCACCCUGAGAGGAGGCUUCCGCACCCCGGAGGAGACGGCGGCGAUCUGUGGAACCUGGAGAAAACUGUGGAGGAGCUGGGGCUGAAGGUGCUCCGGCUGGAGGAGAAACCCUGCCCGGCAGCCUGCAACACCACCGCGGAGAGAGCGGCGCCGCCUGGUGGCGAGGAGGCCAAACUGCAGGCGGAGGUGACGUGGCUGAAGAGAGGGCUGGAGGACCACCUGAGGAUGUUCAAGAAUGUCUUCAGUAACGCCGACGUGCUGGCCGGAUCUGGCGCCACGCUGGAGCUCGAUAAACUGUGGCACCUGGUGAAGAACAAAGACGGGAAGAAAGAGAAGAAGAGAGGAGCAGCGAGGGAGGAGUCGGGAAGAGGAAACCACCGGACCAGGAGGGAUUUAACAGGUGUUCCCGUCCUGUCCGGCCUAUCAGACGCCUCUCUGCUGUUCAUCGCUGGUUCUCCUCGCAGCGUCUCCCACGGCGACAUCUCGUUUGAAGCAUUUCUGAACCGUGGUCAGUUUGAUGCAGACGCCGGCGCCUUCACCGCUCCGGUGGACGGGAUCUACCUGUUCGUCCUCACCUUGGACCUGAGGCCGGGCCCCGCCCUCGUCAGCCUGAGGAGGGAAGGGGGCGGAGCUCAGGUGUCUCUGCAGCGGCAGCAGGUGACGGAGGCGGGGCCCGUCACCGCCGUGAGCCUCCUGCUGCUGAGGGAGGGGGAGGAGCUGAGGCUGCACCUGAGGGGAGGGGCGUGGGCGGAGUCAGAGGACAAUGUGUUCGCCGGGCUGCUGCUGCACCGGGCCACCUGAGGGCGCUGCUGUGGGCCAAUCAGCUGACAGCCGGUGAAAAGAGACUGAAGCCACGAAGGGACAAAAAGCUGCAGGAGGCUUCGUUUGAAAACUGAGCACAGAUCAGCUGCUGCAAACCAGUUUCAUCUGGUUACACGUUCAAAUGAACCUCCAACAGCUUGUUUUAAAGUCCAACUGAAAUCACGUCGAAUCCUCCGUCUUUACAACCAGAACAGAUGUUUAUUAUCAACAAACUUCUGUGUGACGUCUGCAGGUAUGUUUACAUGCUGUCUGAUCAACUGACUGCAGUGGAAGAAAUACUCAAUACCACGAUGUAAAAA